AUGAAAGCUAAUUACAUCUUAAUAAAGUUAUUGAUAACAUUACAAAUUUAUUCAGUUUAUGCACAACAGAAUCAUCCGUUAGCACAAUUAUGGAACAUAAGUGAUGCGGAUGUACCCGAAUGGUUGGAGUCUGAGAGACAUUUGAUUGGGAUUGAUGAUAUCUUAAGACCAAUUCUAGAAGAUGAUUAUUUUAUUUCAAGCUUUGGUGGAACUUAUAUAGAUAUAUUUGUAGAGCUAAUAUAUGUCAAUACAGUGGACUUUUCUAAAGUCGAUGAAUUAUUAGCCUUGCCUCAAAUAAAACCACAUAAGAAUUUUAUAUAUUUUAGAGAAGCAAACAAUUCCAUGAGUCAAUUGAAACACAAUUUCGGCAAAAUAUCUUUUUUAGCUAGAAUAAAUGAUGCGCAAAAACUUUAUAUUCUCACUGAUAUGGAAUAUAAUAAUAUUGUUUUAUAUUUUUUCGAUAGGCAUAUUGAUAAUUCAGAGUUUUUGAAUGCUGUUGAACGCUUUAAUCCGAUUAUACUCUAUUUUGAUGAACCACAAACUAUAAUAAGACCACGAAGUGGUGGUAAUUCAG